UAACGUAAAUUUUGUUUAGUUGGUAGCUCUGCAGGCUAAAUUUUUUGGAGAACGAUUAAAAAUGGAGACGUACGAAAGUGUUUUGCUCGUGAAAUCCGAGGUUUUUGUUUUCAAGAUUCCUCCCAGAGCCACGAACAGAGGCUACAGGGCCGCCGAUUGGAAUCUGGCCGAACCCGAAUGGACAGGUCGCAUGAAACUGGUGAGCAAAGGCAACGACUGCACCAUCAAACUGGAAGACAAAAAUACUGGAGAGUUGUUUGCCAAAUGCCCUAUUGAGCAGUACCCUGGCAUGGCCAUCGAGGCCGUCGCCGACUCUUCUAGAUAUUUUGUUCUGAGAAUCCAGGACGAUAAUGGCCGCUCUGCAUUCAUUGGCAUUGGCUUCACCGACCGAUCAGACAGCUUUGACCUUAAUGUGGCGCUUCAGGAUCACUUCAAGCGACUCCAAAGCGACCAGCAAAUCGAGAAGGAAAAGGACACACCAAAGCAGCAGCUUGACCUGAGUUUCAAGGAGGGGGAGACUAUCAAGAUCAACAUGAAAAUUACGAAAAAAGAUGGCAGCGAAGCGACUGGUCGUCCGAAGCCCAAAGCAGGUGGUGCAGGCGGAUUGGGAAUUUUGCCACCUCCACCUGGAGGAGUCAAGGUGCCGCCCCCACCCAAACUGACCCCAACCUCCUCACCGAGCCACCAGAAGGCUCCUAGCAGCUCGGACUCGGCAGCUCAAGGAGAGAAUUGGGGUGAAUUCGCCAGUGCUAAUGAGCAAAGUGGAAAUGCGGCCUCGCCAAGCUCCAAUCAGUCAAGUUGGGUGCAGUUCUGAACGAUCGAUUAAGCAAGACUGAGGACAGCGCUAGUGUUGGCCCCUGAUUCCUCGGAAUUGAGCAAAAAUGUCUCCAUACUAUGUAAACUCAAACGAUCACCUGAAUCACUCAGCAUUUCGAGAAGCUUAGCUUGUUGAAAGUCUAGCCUCUCUCAAGACUAGGAAGGAUGACGUUCUGUUUGUCUCGGAAGUUUUUCUUAUCAGCGUUUUUUUUUCAAAAUGUAUUUUUUUUGCAUAGCGAAAGCUGUGUGGCUCUGCCGUUCCUUUGUUGCUAACACUUUACACUUAAAUUGAUUUAAUUAAGUCUCAAUCGCUAGCAGAAUAAUUAUAUAUAUUUUGGUUCUGAAUGUGUGUUAUCAAGUGGAUUAUUUUUUUAAAUAUAUUUUUUGAAUGUUCUCGA